AUCUUUAUACAUACAUAUUUAAUCGCAGGUGGUAUGCUGUAUGCUCUUCUUCUCCUCUUUGGAGGAGUUUCAACAGUGAGCUCGUUACGAGUUGCUGUUGUUGGAGAAGGCGUCAUUGGUUUGAGCACAGCUACAGCAAUUCUUGAUUUGGCAGAAAAGAGGAACAUUCCCGCUCCAGAAAUCCACAUUUUCCAUCACAAACCUUUUGAAAAAAUUCUCAGUCGCCACAUCGCUGGUCUCUUCCGAAUCGAUAGUGGAUCAGAGAUCGAUAGAAAAUAUGGUUACGAUACAUUUGAAAAGUUGGCAACUCUCUGGAGAGAAUACGGUGGUCUAAGUGGUGUACAACUAGUCUCUGGGCACAUAUUAUCAGAUUCCAAGACAAAGUUGGAUUCACAACGUGAAUCGUAUGGAAGCCUCGUGUACAACUACCGGGAUCUCGCCGAGCCGGAGCUUUUCGGUCCAACGUCGCUUUUUGAUCUACCAAGAAACACGACAACUCGUGGAAUUCAUUACACUGCUUACACGUCUGAAGGUCUUCGCUUUUGCCCAUUUUUGAAAAAAGAAUUAAUGACAAAAGGAGUUCGAUUCACUCAACGGAGAAUUGGAAACUUAGAGGAACUUGGUGCAGAAUUUGAUGUUGUUGUUAAUUCAGCUGGACUUCUUGGUGGAGUUCUAGCAGGUGAUGAUGCAGGGAACAUGAAGCCAAUUCGUGGAGUGCUCAUCCGAGUUGAUGCACCAUGGCAGAAACAUUUCCUCUACAGAGACUUUUCUACAAUUACAAUUCCGGUUAUCGACCAUGUCUACAUGGGAACUGUGAAACAAGAAGGAGCAUUUGGGCCAAACAAUGUGACAUCUGCAGAUAUCCAGGAUAUCACUAGCCGUUAUGUGGCAUUGCAACCAUCUUUCAAGCGUGUUCACAUGCUUUCAUCAUUCGUUGGAUAUCGUCCAGGUCGCAAGCAAGUUCGUGUCGAGAAGCAGAUUCGAGAGACCAACGGAUCCAAGAAGUUUACGGUCGUCCAUAACUACGGUCAUAGUGGAAACGGAUUCACACUUGGAUACGGUAGUGCAGUUCAUGCCGCCCAUAUCGUUCUCGAUUUGCCACUGGAUGCUUAUCACGGACUUGUCCCAGAACCUCUUCCCAUUAAUGCAACGAUUUCCGAAUGGGUUAAAUAUCUUGAUGAUUAGGGUAAUGGCACUUGUAAUUGAAAGUCAUAAACAAUUUAUUCUAAUUUUGAAUGUUGUCUGUUUAUCUUUAGGAAAAAAGUCCAAACACAAAUGUUCAAGUUAACAAUAAAAAUAUUUUAUUUUAU